AUGCAAACAUCCACCCUGAUUAUCGCUUCAGCCGGCACGGUUUUGACCGGUCUGUUGGCUUAUGCCGUGUACUUCGACCACAAGAGACAGACGGACCCGGAGUUUCGCAGAGCGUUGAAGAAGAACAACCGACGAAUGGCAAGGGCUGUGAAGGAAGAGGCUGAGGCCCAGGGAGCUAUGGAGCGGGAAGCUAUUAAGAAGGCCGUCCAGCAGGCCAAGGACGAGGGUUUCCCGACCGACUUGGAGGAGAAGGAGACCUACUUCAUGGGCCAAGUUGCCAAGGGAGAGUCUCUCUGUGCCGAAGGUGCAGACAAGGUGGAAGCUGCUCUGUCCUUCUACAAGGCACUGAAAGUGUACCCUCAACCUAAGGAUCUCAUCUCGAUAUAUGACAAGACCGUCCCCAAGGAGGUGUUGGAGAUUUUGGCCGAGAUGGUCGCCAUGGACGCUGGCUUGAAGUUGGGCUCGUUCACUGCAGAGGGUGGCAGUGCUGAAAACCAAGGAGUCGAGUAA